AACUGCUACUUUAAAUGCUGAAAUCUUCUUUCUCCGUCAAAUUCCGUUCAUUGUUUUCCGUUUUCUCUCUCCAAGGAAUUUCACGCAGACCAACUGUGGAGAAAGCGGAAGGAUCUGUGGUGUUGGAAACACUGCAAAAAAAGAGAGAGAAAUUGUGGAAAGGAAAGCGAAGUUGUAAGUUUGAGUUCUCUGUUUUGAUCAUCGGAAAUUCUGUUUAGUUUUGUCUUUGGGGGAAAAACGAAAUUAUUUGGGAAUUUCCAGUGGUGAGAUGUGGACUGGUGUUAAUGAGCUGUGGACGUCUAUCAGCUGUGCAUCUUGUUGUUAUGAUAGCGAAAGGUUGCUUUCCUGUUUCGAAUAAACUCUGAGAAUUCUUGUUCUCCAUGCGUUUCCCUCCAAUAGUACAUAGGUUGAUUUCUAUGAUCAUUGGUGGAUUGUGAAUUGGUGGAAUGAGUUUGGGUGGAUGUUUUUAGGAUCUAUAAGGGACUUGAUACACUAUGAGGGAUGAGAAGCAGAUUGGAGAACAACGGAGCAAAAGAGCUCGUACUAGACUGGGAAAGAUAAUGCAGUGUCUUUGCACAGGGGAGCAACUACAUGCAAUUGAAAUGGUAGCCAAGGAUAGUUCGGCUAGUGUUCAUUCAUCGCAACCUGGAGAAGCCGAAAGGAAGCCUGACACAGGCAACAUCGAAGAAGCUGAGACAUCACUGCGAGAAAGCGGUUCUUUAAACUAUGAGGAAGCCAGAGCAUUGUUAGGGAGGUAUGAAUAUCAAAAAGGAAACAUUGAAGCAGCUUUACAUGUGUUUGAAGGGAUCGAUAUAGCUGCUAUAACUCCAAAGAUAAAAAUCACGCUGUCAGUAAAGGGAGACACUCGUAGGAGACGAUCACAGAAUUAUGCAGCCCCUCCAAUGUCAAUACAUGCAAUUAGUUUGCUUUUUGAAGCGGUCUUUCUGAAGGCAAAAUCAUUACAAGCACUUGGGAGGUACAAAGAAGCUGCUCAAUCAUGCUCAGUUAUUCUGGACAUUGUUGAAUCAUCAUUACCAACUGCCUUGCCUGAAAACUUUGGUGCUGACUGUAAAUUGCAGGAGACUCUAAAUAAGGCCGUCGAGUUGCUUCCUGAAUUGUGGAAACUUGUUGAUUCUCCCCGAGAUGCAGUCUUGUCAUACCGUCGGGCCCUUCUUAAUCACUGGAACCUAGAUGCACAAACUACAGCUAAGAUCCAAAAAGAGUUUGCCGUUUUCCUUUUGUACAGUGGAAUUGAAGCCAUUGCCCCAAACUUGAGGCAUCAAAUGGAGAAUGCAUUUAUACCAAAAAACAAUAUUGAAGAAGCCAUUCUUCUUUUGAUGAUUCUUUUGAGAAAAGUUUCACUGAAGAGGAUUGAGUGGGAUCCUUCAAUUUUAGAUCAUCUUUCAUAUGCAUUAUCUAUGUCUGGUGGACUAGAGGCUUUAGCUAAUCAAAUCGAAGAACUCCUUCCUGGAGUUAUAGACCGAAAGGAACGGUAUCAUAUUUUAGCUCUCUGUUAUCAUGGAAAAGGUGAUGACACGGGGGCCUUGAAUUUAUGGAAGAAAGUGUUGAAAACUCAAGUGGAUUCGACCUAUUUGUCAGUUUUGUUGUUCAUUUCAAAGAUAUGUGGGGGGAAUCCUAAGUCUGCUGGUGAAGGGAUUAAUUUUUCUCAGAUUGCAAUUGACAACUUACAUAGAGGAUGCGAUCAGUUGAUGGGUGUUGCCGAAUGCAUGUUGGGCAUCUCACUGUCAACAUAUUCUCGGUCUGUUGCAACUGACACUGAGAGAUUUCAAAAGCAGUCCAAGGCACUUGAAUCCCUGGAAAUAGCUGGAAGAGUUACAAAAUUGAAGGACCCUUUCAUCAUUUACCAUUUAUCCCUAGAAUAUGCUGAGCAGAGAAAACUGGAUGCAGCACUACAUCAUGCAAAAAACUUGCUUAAAUUGGAAAGUGGGUCUAAUAUUAGAGGAUGGAUCUUGUUGGCUCGAAUACUAUCUGCUCAAAAAUCUUUUUCCAAUGCUGAAACUAUCAUUAAUGCGGCUUUAGAGCAGACUGGAAUAUGGGAUCAGGGAGAACUGUUGAGAAGUAAAGCUAAGCUCCAGCUUGCUCAGGGUCUAGUGAAGGAGGCAAUUGAAACUUCUUCUCAGUUGCUUGCUGUCCUUCAGGUUCAACUUAAAAGUGUUGGGUUAGGGAAGAAGCUUAAGGUAUGUAUUGCUAGUUCCUUGUUCGGCAUACAUGUGACAAAUUUAAUGGUUCUUGAUGCUGAGCUGUGUCUUUCAAAAUCUGAAGGCAUUACUGCCUUUUCUGCCUCUAGAUGGCACACCGCUGGUAUGCUUCACGAAGCAAAGGGGGACAAGAAAGAAGCUCUGAAGGCAUACUCGCUCGCCCUGGAAGUCGACACAACACAUGUCCCAAGUCUAGUCUCCAAGGCUAAGAUUCUGAUUGGCAGCAGUUGCACGUCCCCGGCUGUCAUAAGAAGCUUCCUGACAGAAGCUCUACGACUCGAUCAUACAAACGCAUCGGCUUGGCAUCAUCUGGGCCUCCUUCACAGGGAUGUAGGAGGUAGUUUAUCAGCUGUGGAAGCUGCUGAAUGUUUCCAAGCUGCUGCUGCUCUCCAGGAGACCGAACCCGUUGAGCCAUUCAGAUGACUGCCGUUUCCUAUACGUGAGCGUCCUUUGUAUAUCGUUGAGCAAAAUAAUUGUAUCUGUUCCAUUUAAAGAAGAAGAAGGUAAUACAGAUACAAGUUUUUGGGUCUUCCAUAGUUUUCUAUAUUCUGCAAAUGUGAUUGUGAUGUGAUUAAUAAAAUUCCACUUUUGUUUGAUCA